AUGACUACUCGCAGCCAGCAGCCUGGCAGCGGGCGAGUGGCCCUGGCGGUCGUGCUGGCAGCGGUGCUGGCGCAGUUCGCUGCCGCCCAGACGUGCUACCCGGGGGCCAUCUCCACACCCGACACCAACUUUGACGUCCAGUUCUCCUCCAAGGUCCUCAACACAACUCUCAGCUACAUCAAGAAGCCCAAGACGACCUACAACAGGUACUGCUUCAACGUGAACGCGGCCAGCCCCUGCAACUCGAGCGCGAUCUGCUGCAAGACCAACGCCGUCACCAGGCUGAGCGCCGUGUCUAUUGCAAUUGUGCCAACCUGCAUCGUGAAGGGGCUGACCAGCAACGUAUCCCUCUCGACCCCGGAGGGCGCCAACGCCAAGUCGGCUUUCGGUUUCAAGAUCAACAAGGCGUCCAAGAGUGCAGCCGCUAACAUCAAGAUCGCGCCCACCAGCGCAACGGCAAAGUCUCUUGGCAGCUCAAUCGUGUGCAUCAACCUGCCAGCCGCCGCCGGUCUUUGCAACACAGUUGACAAGCUGUGCGGAGCCUCGACGUGCAAGAUUAACGUGACCACCACCAAGUUCAAGCCGGCCAGCCUCACCAAGCCCAAGUCGCUGCCAUGCUGCCUCGCGGGCAACGUGAACAUCCUGCCAGCUUUCCAGGCCGACUUUGCAGUGACCGCCAUCCAGCUGAUCCCCACCAGCCCCGUGGCCGGCCAGCCCUUCACCGCCCGCGUCACCGUCACCAACACUGGCGAGAUCGCCUCCGAUCCCUUCAUCGUGGGCGUGUAUGCUGACAAGGCGGCCACCGCCGCGUGCGGCGAAGCGGCUGACAAGACCAACACGACCGGGCCCAUCGCUGUCGGGGCCAGCGCCACCGUCAACUUCGGCCUCACGGCCGGGACAGUUGGCAACAAGACACUGCGGGCCUUCUCGGACCUCUUCUGCAAUCUGCAGGAGAAAUCUGACGUCAAUGACCAGCUGACUCUUCCCUACACUGUCGUCGCCGCCACCCCCGGCACCAACACCACCAACCCUGGCACCAACACCACCACCCCCGGCACCAACACCACCAACCCGGGCACCAACACCACCAACCCCGGCACCAACACCACCAACCCGGGCAACACCACGGUCCCAGCGACCCUCAGCAACCUCGUCGCGUCGGCUCUGGCAAUCACCGGCUACACCGGUCUGCCCGCCACCCUGCUGCCAGGCCAGACGGCCAACCUGACGUUCUUCGUGACGAACGCCGGCAGCGCCGCCUCGGCAGCAACCACCUACGCGCUCUGGCUCAACAAGCUCGUCGCCCCUGUCUGCAACGACGCCGGCGCCACCAUCACCGGCGCUGUGCCCGCGCUCGCGGCGGGCGCGUCGACCCCGAUAACGGUGCCCGUGUCUCUGCCCAGCACGCUGGGCGCCCUCACUGCGCGCCUGAUCGUGGACUUUGCCUGCAGCGUGGCCGAGUCCAACGAGGCCGACAAUGUGGCGGCCCUCGCCUACCAGAUCGCCGCCCCCGUUGGCCCGACCGCCAACCUGGUGAUCAAGUCUCUCCUCGCCGACCCCAGCCUCGCCGCGGGCGUGCCGCUGGGCCAGCUGCUGAACCUCACCAUCGAGGUGCUCAACAACGGCACCGACGUCUCGUCGUCGGCCGCCGUCGUCACCGCCUUCGCUGACAAGCUCGGCACCCCGGCCUGCGGGGAGGCCGGCGACGCCAGCAUCCCCCUGCCCGCGCUGCCCGUGGGCUCGAGCGCCAACGUUACGCUGAGCGUGCCGGCGCCGCUCCUGCUCGGCGCCAAGACGCUCAAGGUGGUGCUCGACGGGAACUGCGCGCUCAUAGAGUCCAGCAAGGCGGACAACGUGGGGUCCCUCCUGUACACUGUGUUGGGCGCCGAUUUCGUGCUGAGCGCCGCAGAGGCCGUGCCUGGCGUGGGAUCCCUGUUGCAGAUCAACGGGCCGUUUGCGCUCAACCUUACCGUCACAAACAUCGGCAACGCCGCAGGCGACCCGGGCUCGCUGGGCGCCUUCCUGGGCAUAACCUCGCCAGCGGCGUGCGGCAGCGCCGCGCUGAACAGCCCUUCGGGCUCCAGCUUCUGGGGGGCCGGCCCGAUCGCCCCCGGCGCCACGGCGACGUCCCUUUUCAACGGGUUCCAGGCUGCGGGCUCUGCCGGCACCUACACCCUCUGGAUCGCUGUCAACUACAUGUGCGUCAUCAAGGAGCCCAACUAUGCCAACAACCAGCUGAACUUCACCUACACACUCACAGCGCCAGUCGUGGGGUAA